GAUUGUUCGAAGUCGAGAGGAUGUUAACCACGAGCGCAAGAACUUUGGCGACGAUGAUGUUGUCGUCAAUUAUCUUAUACGAACUAGUUGUGUGAUGUAGUGUUGUACUUGUAGUCCAUAGGCUUAGGCUCAACAUUGCUGCCCCUCCUUUAACGUGCCUGCUAAGAACUUAAAUCGUCCCGUCCGCUCGAGCAAAACGACGAACAGUGCGCAGCUCCACCUAUAUCUGCAUCCAUCAUGGCCGCCGGAGGGCCGGCGUCAGCUUCCGAAGCGGCUGCCUUGCUGAAAAAGACAGGUAGUACCCUCGACGAGUUUCGGUCCGGAGGCGUGUCCCUCGACUGGUUUGAGGAGGUGCUAGGUGCAGACUUUGAAUACUCCCUCGAGCAGGAGUACCAAGAUGCAGAUCCCGAGGGAAGCGACGCGCUUUCCUUCGACCAGGUCCAGGACAACCUGGUCGGGAAGAUCGGCGGCCUCGUCGCAGAGGCGAUACCUGCAGCGUGUGUCGUGGCUGGAUCGAGAAGUUCCAGUAGUAGUUCCUCGAGCACCAGCUCCUUCCCUGCAAAUAAAACCGUGGAAGAAGACACCGAGAGCGAAUUUCGAAAGUACACACUCAGCACCUUCAAAAACGGGAUGAGCGCGGAGGAGUUCACGACGUUUGGGAAGUACAUUGCUUUCCGACGGCACCUGCAAGCCAUCGUGACUGAGGGAAUGCACGCCGCAACCGCAGAGGCAACAGCAUCUGAAGCCGAACCACCCCCCGCGGAGGAGGCUGCGGCCGCGGGAGCUGCCUCUAGCGUACUUAAUUUUCAUCUAACGCAAUCUUCUAAGCCAGCUUCCUUUUGUGUCGAAGUUGUGAGAUAUUCUGCAAGAAGUUUUACAAGCAAGAAACAUGCCAGUAUAAUACUGAGUGCACAUGCAAAUCGCAGGCCCCGCCGCCGGACGAGAUCGGGAGUGGGCCGCAGAUGAUUCCGAGUGGAUCGGAUGUGGAGGUGCAGCAGAUCCAAUCCUCUAAAAACUCGGAGGUUGCCCGGGAAGAAGUAGCCGAGAGCGAGGCCAACCAUCUGGUGUCCUCUGCAGUGGGAUCGCUGCUCGCGACUACCGAGUCGUCAGGAAAAGCCAGUAUUUUUGAAAUGAAUUUAUUUUUACGAGUUUUUCCACCUCUUCGCGUGCAUAGGAGACUCUGGGCUGCAUUUCGCCCUGUACUGCUGAAGAAAAGCAACAUGUUCUUUACAUUUCAUAUCCAACGACCUCUACGUCUACGUCUACGUCCGUCUUCAGGUUCUGGGGGAAGCAAGAUGGCGGGAGUGCAUGCGCGGAAAAAAACGUCGUCAAAACCAGUAGCGCAAGGAGGAGGCUCGAGUGGGUCGACAGCGCCCCGACCCGCAAAACCAGCAAAGAAGGAAGUUUACACGCCGCCAAAACCGAAAGGUAAAGUGCAUGUGAAUAUAGUCAUUCUGUCGUUCAGAUUGAUGCUACAACUUGCAACAUGUGGGAACAUUACCUAUUCGCGUGCAGCAGCAGAAGCUACUAUGAAGUGAUUUCAAAAUCUUCUCAGUCACCACCCGGAAAGGCCCAAGUAAUGCCUCGCCACAGAAGCUGGUGCCGUUUCGGACGGGGCCGAUGCCCCUCCCGCGGCCAAAGGUUGACACCGACGCGAAGAUUAGCUAUCCAAAACUUCGACCCGACAGUCGGUUCACCACCAUGAAGGGCAACCUACGAGGAACUUCGCGCACCUUGUCCCCACGACGAAUUCCCUCGGUGCUAGACAAGCGGGAAGCGAUAAGUACAUAUGAAUGCUGCCUACUUUUUCCGGUUACGUUUUAAUUGUUCGUGGCCGCCGCCGCGAGGACGACCCUUCUUCGCUUGCAUUAUCAUGAGGUGAUACAAUCUAGACCUAGUACAACGAUGCUCUUCGCUGUGUACUAUGCAUGAGGGUAGGAACAAGUUGUACUCGAGUUUAAAACUCGUGCGCGCACGGAACCAGACUCAUUCACGACUAAAAAACAGCAAUGUUCCUCUGGCUCGAAGAGGAUGUGAAGAACAUCUACAAGUUUCGGGAGAAGAUAGGGAACGGCAUUCCGAUCUGGCUGGACUACACGCUCUACGGUGACGAUUUCGCGCAGAAGGUGGAAAAGGCGUUCAUGGAUAUGGACACCGAGGGGGACGGUACUUACUUUUUUUGAGGGGUGCCUGAAACCGAAAGAAUGCUGCUGUGAGUACUGGAAUUUUAGGCAGAAGCAAAUUCCACUGUACCACUAUGCGCUUGGCCAAAUCAAUGGAAGUAGGUACUACAACAACUUCACUGUGGUAGCCAAGAACCUUCUUCAUCAUGUACUACAUCUUGCGGUCGAACAAUGGCUUAGUUAAUACAGGUAUUUUACCCGUGUUUGUUCUCCAAGAGAUUGUGAAAAACCUGUGUGCCUAUUUGCCUGGCGACGGGGGAACGCAGUUGGAUAUCAAGCCGGUCAUUCACCACUUCAAGAACAUCUUCCCGCCCGCAAAGAACCUGUCCUUGGAGGACUUCAUAGAAGGUAUUUUUUCCUGGUGAUAGAAAGAUUCAUACUCGUCUUCCUAACGGCUGACUACUGCUGGUGCUUGUUUAUGCGAUGUUUGGAAGUCCUCGUUGAGAAUGACAAUGAAUUAUAUAACCAUCCCCAACGUAAAAACGAGCGCAAGGUUGCGUAAGCGUACGUGGCUCACCAAAAUCCUAUACCAUUAAUCACAGCCUGCAAGUUUCUGGUCGUCCGUUCCUGGCUCGCGGACCAGAUGGGCGGGGACGGCCAGGGUACCUUUGCCCCGAGUCCCAAGGUGAAGCUGCCCAGCAUCCAGGCACACACCGGGUCGGCGUUUUUUGACGGGAUCAAAUUUCCGAAGUGGGAGGACAACGACACGGACCUGGUGACCAAGUUGAAGAACGAGGUCUCCUGGCUCCACGCGCAGCUAGCGGAGCAGCGCAAGCUGGAGUACAAGACCUUUUCCAGCAACAACGACAAGCUGAAUCGGCAGGCCAAUCCGGGGAAGCGUUCCCCGAAGCAGCGCCUGAACACAAACACAUACACCGAGGAGCACAUUUCCCUACAGUUCGGGGAAGAGUCGAGGAAGGCGCUGCACGAGAAUUUCGACCACAUCAGCUCGAAGAUCAACAUCACGAGCGACUCCGCCCAGAAGCCCACGUCGAUCAACAACGGCGCCGUGCAGGCGGUGAAAACGUUGGCCGUGCAGGUAAACCACAAGAAGCCGUCGGACUACUUCCACAUCCCGAUGGCGGACUACACGAAAGAGGACUUGCUGAUGGAAAUCAGGCACUUGCAGCUCGACGUGGAGUUCUACAAAGCCAAGGCCACCUCUUCGGACCGGAAGGAGCUUUUUGCGGAGCACGCGGAGCAAAAAAUGCGGAUCCGCAGUAUGCAGAACCGAAUUCGCUACCUGGAAAACCAAUUGCAGCACAAGGACGUAUAAUAAAUAUGCCGUUUGCCAGCUUUUGUUUUGUUUCGUAGAUACUUUAGAGCAUCAUCACGUGUUUCAGCACAAAGAGAGCAAAGGAAGGACUUUUGUUCGGUUGACAUGCUUGAAAGAACAGCAAGACCCUCGAUGAACAACCUAUCAGGUCGAGCUCGAGCACAGCCAGUCUGUGAUGCACGGUUCCUCCACUUGGUCAACGAACGUAUCCGCAAUGCUGCCGUCUUCCAUUCUCCCCGGUAGCAGUUCGAGCACCGUGUUCGACCCCGCGGCGGCGCACAAGAAGCACCAGCAGAAGGCGAACGAGCGUGUCUUGAAGCUUGCCCAGGAGGCCUUGCAGAAGGAGCGCUCGAAGCGGAAGUUCGUCGAGCGACGCCUCGCCGAGGAGCGGGACUCCGUGGCACGGUUGUCCCACCAAGCCAAGGUGGCGGAUAUGGAGGUGCAGAAAAUGGCCCGCGCGAUGGCGAAGACGAUGGGGUACUAGUAAUCGCAGAACUAGUGAUGCAGUUUAGUACUGUGACAGUGCUGCUGCCUGCUGGUCGUAGUUGGGCGGGACAGAAGAUGAAAAAUUGACGAACUUUUCGUACUGAUUGUACUUUUUUACGACUUUCUCAUCGAAGACCCUGUUUGAAGAUCUUGUAUUUGCAAAUGGUUUAUGGUACUUAGUCGAAUCUAAUUAACCGUGACGAACUGAAACCGAUUAACGUCCUUGAAACAGACAUCUUGCUUGACUCAAUUUCGAUUCGUCGCCGGACCGUGCGGACGUGCUGUUUCUUUGGCACGGGGCACACGGAUCGGAUGGGCGCACAAAGGAUUACUUUACAACGUUUUUAUUCGCGCAAGGGAGCACGCAGCCCUUGAGAGAGCUUGUUGUUUGGUAUCACUCUUUCCGCUUGAAGGUGCAGGUUGUGAACCUGCAGUAU